CAAGCUAAAAAUGAUUCUUAGAUCACCUUAAACCAAUUUCUGAAGUAAAAUUCUCUGGACCUCAAAGUGCAUACAAAAACUGGUCUGGCUACUAGGGUAGGCCUACAGAAGAUUUUGGUGGGGCUCAGGUUGUGUAGACUGUCACUCACUCACUCCCUACCGCCCAAAUCCUGUAUCAGCCCCACGCAUACUAGGCUCUAACAACUCCCUGGCAAAAUAGGGAGCUUGCUUUUACUGAGUUGACGCGAGUUGAUGCGAUGUAACGUGAGUUGACCCGAAAAUGAUGAAAUUUUGCGUGAGUUGACGCAAGUUGACAAAAUUCCGAGAUGCCCGUUGAUGAUAUCGAAGUGUACUGUAUCCUUUGAUGAUAUGAUAUCGUACUGCGCCGGGAAAAACUACCUACAAAACAGAGAGAUAUUUUCCUCUCUAAAAUACUUGAAAUAUAAAAAGAUAAUGAAUGAAGAAAAAGCUGAAAACUGAUUCAAUGGCAUGUGAUAGUAUAGAGUAAUAGCAAAGAUGGCGUCACUGUUGAAAAAAGUUGGAGACUUCAUAAACGUGAACAUUCUUGAUUCAAACCCAAGCAAACCACCACCGCUUGAUGGGGAGAUCAUUUACAGCAAGAAUAAUGUGUGUGUCCAUCCUCCCUCAAACCUCUCAACAGACCUCUCGCAUUUCCCUGGUUAUUUAACAUUACGAGCUCAACAGAAAGGAGAAACUGGGUCUACCUUGAUCCUGACAUGGAUUCCGAAUUCUACGCUCAAGAUUAAUAAGGUCAGUGGUGACUCAUCUCUGAAUGCAUCACCAAAACUGGAACCAAAUAAAUUACAUAUUACCACUGAUGAAACUUUAGAGAAAAAAUUGGAAGAUGAAGAAAUUGAAGAAUCGAAAGAGGAUAGAACUAGUCGUGAUAGUGCAUUUUGUGGAGAAAAAAGCUUUAGCGAGUCGGAAGGAGAUAGAAAAAGCUUAUGUGGAUCUAUUAUCAGUCAGCCUGAGUCAGGGAUUGAGGUUAAUGAGGCUAAUGAACAGACUUCAGAGGCUGACAAACUGAAUGAUGUGCAACAACAGACAGAGGAGAAUAUGGACAAAGAGCAAGAGUUGAAGGCAGAAGAAUCAACUGGCUCUGAGUCAGAAAUUGCUGAAGAACCCAAUCAGAAGGAGAAGCAGGAGCAGUAUGGCAAAGAACAAAAAUCAACAGAUACAGAGUCAUCAGAGAGUGGUGACAUCCCAGUUGAAGAUCAGCUGGCCUCUCUUGUUGCUUCUACCAGAGAUGAAACUGGGUCAGAGAGCGCCAGUAGCUCAGGGCGACCAACAGAUCUUACCUUGUGUUCAGAGACGGAAGCCAAAACAGACAGCAGGAGUUUGAGUUCAGAGUCGACGGAACCAACUAGUGAUCAGACAUCACCGUUAAGGAAAAUGUUGAAAGAGUUAGACUUACCUGGAGCAUGCCAUGACAGUCUAUCAUCAUCAACAACCCCAACAACAUCUAAUAAGGAUCAACUGUCACUGCCAUCCACGCCAGCAUCUGGAGAUGAUCCUUUCAACUCUCAGUUCAAUCAAGAUGGAAACGGUGAAUCAACUGAUGAACCGAUGUACAAUAUGACUUUUCCUGCAAAUUACGUCAGUUAUUCAACGGAUAGCCCAUCACAUUCUCAUGGUCAGGGCUCAGCAAGGGAUCAACUUUGUGGGGUGUUUUCUGUUGACCUUGGUGAAAUGCGUUCUCUGCGUUUGUUUUUCCUAGACAGGGAGGAGCGCAAUGGUCAGUUUGUAAUAGCCAGUCAGGAGAGCCAGUACAAGGUUUUGCAUUUCCAUCACUCAGGCCUUGGUAAAUUGGCUGAAAUCCUAGGAGACUGGAAGUAUGCUGUGAGAAACACAUUUAAGCCCUUUUCGUUUGCUGGUUAUAUUGGUUCGGGGGUGUUCCCCGGCCCUGCCAACAAAGCACUGCCGAAUGCUGAUGAAGAGACCAAUAGACUGUGUCAGAAGUUCUCAAUUGUUCGACCAAACUGGAAGAAAUCUGAAUGUCACCCAGAAGAAGGGAUGUAUGACAUGAUUACAGAGGAUAUAUGGUGGUCAUACCUCAAUGAAUGUGGACAAGUUGAAGAUGAAUUUGGACUAAGAAAGGCCAUUUUCUUUGGUGGUAUCGAUGAGUAUGUGAGGAGGGAGAUUUGGCCGUUUUUACUGCAUUUCUUUAACUUUGAUUCAACACGUCAAUCGAGGAAAGAUCUACGAGAAGAGAAACAUAAAGUUUACAAGGAAAUUGACAAAAAAAGACUCUCAAUGCCCCAAAGUGAAUAUGAGCAAUUUUGGCGAAACAUCCAAUCAACAGUUGAUAAAGAUGUCGUGAGGACAGAUCGUUCACAUAAAUACUACAUAGGAAAAAAUAAUCGCAAUGUUGAUGUCAUGAGAAAUAUAUUGCUGAAUUUUGCUUAUGAAAAUCCGAGCAUGGGUUACACACAAGGGAUGUCGGACUUAUUGUCUCCGGUGCUAGCUGAGUUACAGGAUGAGUCAGACACUUUCUGGUGCUUCACCGGUCUCAUGCACAACACACUGUUUUUUAGCUCUCCCAAAGAUGAUGACAUGGAGAAACAAUUGUCAUAUCUUAGAUCAUUGAUUGAAUUAAUGUUGCCAUUGUUCUGGAAACAUCUACUGAAGCUUGGAGAUGCAAUGGAUCUACUGUUCUGCCACAGGUGGAUUUUGCUUUGUUUCAAACGUGAAUUUCCAGAGUUGGAAGCGCUUCAAAUGUGGGAAGCAUGCUGGAGUCAUUAUCAGACCGAUUACUUCCAUCUGUUUAUUUGCAUCGCUAUCAUCACAGUAUAUGGAGACGAUAUUGUUCAGCAGGCUCGUAGUUUGCUGUACCAAUUCCGAACUCUACCCAGAAUAUCAUGCGAAUUGAAUGGUCUCUGUCGGACGUGUGGACCAGGAAUGUGGGACAGCGGUCAUGUCCCUGAAGUGGAAUGCAUUGGCAACCAUAAGGACGGUGAUGUUUGUCCUCAUAUUCGUUGAUUUUAAUCUCAGCUUUAUUCCAAACCAUGAAGGCAGUUGAUGAACUCAUAUGAUCGUUGUGAUUAAAACAUGAUUAAUCAGAAAAUAUAUCCUAAAGAGAUAAAUGAAAUAAUAAAAUAUGCAUUAGCUGUAAUGAAUAUGCAUUAUUAAAAAUGAAUAUGCAUUAAUGCAUGUGUAUUAUAAAAUUAGUAAUGAAUAUACAUUAAUAAUAGUGAUAGUAAUGUAUUGAUAAUAAUUUGCAUUAAGUAAACAAGUACCACUAAAAUUUGUAAAUGUUAAAGGAAGAAGCCCAUCCAAAGUUCGCAAAAAAAAAAGCCCACGGCUUCCAUUUGAGGUUUUACUGUAUCUUAAUUUUUGUUUGUAAAUUUUAGUUGAUGAUGUGUUUGAUAACUAAUAUAAUACGAGCUUUUGUGUUUUUAUUACAUUUUGAUGGUAAAUCAUUAAGAUUAUGAAGUCAUUCAGCUGCAGUGACCGCUUUACCAACAUCUGGUUAACAACAAUGGCACUACCUGGUGUUGUGACGGCAUUUGUGUUGUACUCUAUAUACAGUAUGGGCAAAUCACAGAUGUUAUUCACAUAAGACUUGCUAACGUCUUGAGAGCUUUACUAACCUCCUUUUAAUUAUUUUCCCGUAACAAAGAACAUAGAUGUGAAUAUGAUUGUGUUAGCUAUAGAUUUUAAAGUAUAUAUGGUAGCUAUAGAAUGAUAUAUUUUUUUCUUGGAAUUUAUGUAGAUAGAGAUAAAAUAGUAGCUAUAUUUAUGAGUGUAUAAAUUAAGUCACUGAUCUAGAAUAUGCAUAGAAUAGUGCAUGAGGCCUGUAAACCAUAUCCCACCUUUGCUAUGAUGCUACGAUUUUUAGAUUUCUUGUUGGUAUACAAUAAAAAUGUUUGAAUUAUGCUUUUUAUAUACCGUAAAACCUCGAAUUGAAGCCCAGUGGGCUCAGCUUCGAGAAGAAGCCCAUCUCGAAUUGAAGGCCCCCCCCCCCCGCUCUUUAGUGUGUAAAAUUAGCCUUGAAAAAAUGCCUAUCUAGAAAAGAAGCUUCUUGACCCACAGUGUUCUCUAUGUAGUCUAGACUGGCCUUCUUUCAAUAAAUGAACAUCAUGCCAGUCUAUACCUAGGCUCUUCUUUUCAAGAUAGCAUGGGCUUCUUUUCGAGAACAUACUGUACACUACUGUACAUGAAUUUCAAAAAACAAAAUAAAUUAAAAAACAUGCUUGGUUUAUACAGUAUAAUGGAUUACACAGAUUGAUGUUUUAUAGUACAAAUUCCCAAAAUUUACAGUGUUCAUUUUGAAAAGAAGCCCCUCUUUACUUUGCAAAAGUAGCCUCGAAAAGAAGCCCAUCCAAUGUUUGCAUAAAAAAAAGUCGCCCAGGGCUUCAUUUCAAGGUUUUAUGGUAUUAAGAUUGUCAAUCCAAUGGUGCAUUUAUUAUUCAAAAAGGUUUAUAAAAAUAAUACAAAAUAUGAUCAACGAUAUAAGAUACAAUUUACAAUAAUAAUAAUUAAUAAUAAGUACAAGAUUAUCCAUACAUGAAGUAAAGCAAAACAAGAAGCAUUAUUGUAACUAUAAUAAACUUAUACUGAAUUACUACAUGCUACGUUAAUUACAAGAGUUUUCAUAAAUCCAACAAAAUUGCAUGAGACAUGAACUUCAUUUAAAUAAUUAGUUUUAUGUUUUUACCUAUAGUAUAAUAGUAUUCAUAAUAGUUAGUUUAGUGUGGUUAUUAUUCUUUGAUUGCGUGCAAUAUAGGCCUACAUUAGUAUUAUUUCAUUGGAAUAGAAUGAGGAUAUUGAGUAUGGCUUGAUAGAAAUGAGAUGAGGAUACUGAGUAUGACUUGAUAGGAAUUGAGUGAAUGUAUUGAGUUUGACAGGAUAGAGAUAGAAUGAUAAUAUUGAGUGUGCCUUGAUAAGAGAGAGUGCAGAUUGAGUAUAGCAUAAUAGAAUAUUAUAUGAUUAUAGCCUUGAUUAUGAUAGAGAAAUGCUAAUGUAUUAGAUUUGAAAGAUAAAAUUACAAUCAUCACAGUAAUGUGAUUGUCUGAAUUCAUUGUAAAGUACUCAAGUCUGUUUACCCUUCCUAUAGCACCUGUAUACCCAGUAUGAAGGAGUUACAUCAUGUAGAUAUUUUUAUUACCAUAGUUCAUCUAGUAUAAGCCCAUCCCUUUAAACAAAAAUUGGGUCCAUUUUGGAGGGUGGGCUUAUGCUUAGGAAUUUCCUUUUCAAACAAAAGGCAUUUUAUAGCACAGCAUGCCUAUUUUAAACUAAAGCCAAUCCUUUAUUUUUUCAGUUUUCUUUUUUAAAGACAGCUAAGCUACUCAAUAAAGUCAUACCCUGGGGUUUUGCCCGAGGAAAGGCUGGUACGGAAGAUUGAGCAUACGUGGGGUGGGCUUAUAGCUAAGCCAAUUGAGCUUUUACCCAAGAAACUGCAUUAUUAUUGUUGUUGGUGAUGAUAUUGUUUUUAUUAAUGUUAUUCGUCAUGCAUUUCUGUUGUUCAUGGUCUUCAUCAGUUUAUCAUAUUCUAGCCUUGUAUUUAUCUCAAAAAUUUUAAGCAGGGGUCUUUCUUCUUGUUAUAACAUUAUUACCGGUAUUAUUAAUUAUUAUUGUAUAAUUAUUAUCACCAUGGUUGUUAGCAUAUUUAUUGAACUACAAAUUUGUUAAAUAUUCAUUAGGUAACAACUACAUUAAGUAAUAUUAAAGUGAAACAAUUGUUUAAUUAAAGAAGCCUUUUCCCAAAACAAAAUGAAUUGCUUCUUUUAUUUCCAACUGUUGGAUUAUUAGCCUAGUUCAGAACAGUGUAGUAGUUCUUGUUACAGAGUCGGUGACAGUGUUCUGCACUUUGUAAAUUUUAAAAACGUACGAGGCCGUCUUGUCCUGGGAUAGAUGUUUCACCAAUAUAAGUGGAAUUACAUCACGCACAUGUUAAUUUGUCUAUACAGGAAUUGCAUAUAACCUUGUGAGUAAUAAUAAACAGAUUAUUUUACAUUUAUUAUCCUUGUAUCCCUUGGCAAAAUGCACAGUAUAAAUUCCAGUAUUAUUAUACGAGUUACAACUAAAAAUCUCCCAAGAAUAACGUCAUGAAAAUCAUUGCCUUUCUUGCCCAUACCCCAUUAAAAAGACCAAUAGGCUUUUUAUGCAAGGAAUUAGGGUAGAUAAUGUAUACUGAUUAUCAGUUUUAUUUGAUAUGCAGUCUGUGGUGAGUUAAACUUAAAUAAAAUAUUUAAAUUGCUUACUAUAUGUAUAUAUCAGUUAUGAGCUUUCAAAACAAAAUUAAAUUAUGAAUGUAUUGCCCUCCCCAAACAGAUGCAUACAUUCCAAUUCUAUAUUCUAAAGCUCCGUCCAUAUUAUCAAAUUUUCAUGCCCAAAUAUGGGCAUAUGGCAUUUAUUUGUCUCAUCAUAUGUUUACAAGGAGAGUCCCUCGACAGUUAAGAUUCCUUUGGGCAAUCCCUGCCAUGUAACACUCUUGUGUAAUGUGUUUUCUGAUGUUUUUAUUGUACAAGGUGUUGAUUGUUGGUGAAAUAAAUGAUAUAAUCAAAUUUGAUAGUGUGGACAGAACUUUAAAUUUCCUAUCAAUUUAAAGUGUUUUGUAGUGAAACGUCUGUAAAUCAAUCAAAACCGAUUUUUUUAUAUGCAUCUUAUUGACAAAGCUUAAAGCAGACCUUCCAUUUUUGUCAAGUUUUUCAGUAAUUUUAAAUUACAGGUAUAUCCAUAAUCGGUUUUAUUUAAAUUUAUGUACAGCACAUU